AUGGCAACCCGAGCGUCUGGCUACAACUCGCUGCUGCGUCUGCUCCAAAAUUUACCUGACCGACAUGGCUUUUCCAAGCAACGAGUGUGUCUCCAGAAGGAGACCCAGCAAGACCUCGAGGAGACACGACUUGCUUUUGGCAAACAGUUUCAUGCUGACCACCCAGACGGCAUGACCGCCUUACCGACUCUGCGCAUCGAUGGUGCCAAGUUGCCAAUCUUCACGCUGGUCAAACCCAUUCAAGACUCGACCAAUCUCGUCGACUUCAUCUGUGCCAUCAUGGCCAAACUGGCGUCGACGUUGUGCACACCAGUGGCGGUCGAUCGACAAGAGUUCGGGAUAGCGUGUCAGAUCGCCCCCUAG